AUGUCUCUCUUACCGAACCCAUUCCGGCGUUCUUCUUCAACAACACAAGAUCCCAUUCUUCCGAUUCAUGAUGACACACAACCUCAAGCAUCAACUUCGAAACCCCGUCCGCCUCCCAUACGUCCUAUCGCAAAUCGAUCCUUCUCAGCUCGAGCCACUCCGAAUGAUGGAAACGGUCCCAAUGGUAGACGUGUCAGCGUCAUCUCACCUCCUUCAUCUGCAAAUCCCGCCGGUCAGAGUCCAGGAAGUGGCGGUCGGAGACGAGCACAUACAGUCAGCGUAUCUCUUGCAUCCGCCAGGAAAAGUCAGUUUGAGGCUGGCCGUAACUCUCGUCUUGGGACUAUCGAGGAUGGGACAGAACUGAGCAGUGUGGACAUGGAUAGAAGAUUGAGCUCUGGGUUAAGACAUAGGAGAGAUAGUAGAGCCAGUACAGCCACUCCGGUGUCUUUUGAUAUUGGAGGUAACGUCAAAGAUAGACCUGCGGAUCUGCAAGAUGAGAUUGUUGGAGUUUUAGAUUGUAUCGAUCCUCAUGUAUCAACAGUUAAUCAUCUUCAAAACAUGUCAAAUUCUAUUUUCAUACCCCAUCUACCUCAAUUAUGGAGUAGAAGACCUGAAGUUAUUCUGCCAGAAACCCCAGCGGCUAGUAUCGCCCCUGUCGAUGAAUAUAAGAACCGACAAGAACCCAACAUCCCUCGUCCUAGACGCAUCUCGAUAUCUCGUCCUAGAUCAGCUACAGUCUCACGGUUGUAUCCUCCCACCGCUCCACUAUCAGCUCGUCCGAUUACCGCUCCCAUACCCGAAGCUCAAUCUGAGGCACCGGACGAGGCAGCUCUUCCACGACUGGAUCAAGACGCAGAGAACGAAUACGAACUUGAAGAUGAUAUCUCUGAAAUUGAAAAGGAUCACGAGCUAGAUCAACAUGUCCGACAUGUUCUAUCUGCUGGUAGACGGGCGCAGUUGCAACGUGUGGCGAGGGGCGUUUGGACUUUCCUCAAAACACCCAUCGGGGCAUUUGCAGCCAUUUAUGGGUUUUUAUGUGCGUUUUGGGGAGCAGCGAUAGUGUUGUUCUUGUUGGGGUGGAUAAAGGUCGGUAGUACGUAUAAUAAAGAUGUGUGGGUGGAAAGGAGCAGUCAGAUAGAAAAUGGGUUGUUUACCUUGACUGGGGUGGGGUUGAUACCAUGGAGAGUGAUUGAUACUUAUCGGAUGGUCAUCAUUUGGAGAUUGAAAAGAUUAACUACGAAGUUGAGAAAAGAACGUGGGCUUCCGCCAAUUGAUGAUCCCAAUGAUCUACCGGAUCCUAUAGAUGUUCAAGAUUACGUAUCUGUUCUCACGGAAAAACAACAAGAACAACUUCGUCAUCAACAAGAAAAGUUUGCAGCUAGUCAAACUUGGUAUCGUCCCCAUGCCACUGCUACACAUACAGCCUUUCCGAUCAAUUGGGCGUUGUGGAAUACCAUUUUGAUGGACGGUAAUUCAGCUUUUCAAUGUAUGUUAUGUGGAGUAAUGUGGGGUCUUAAUUGGCACGUUAGACCAGCAUGGACUACAGGUUGUCUUAUACCCCUUUCUUUCCUUUGCGGUAUAGGCGCCGCCAUUCUCAUCUGGCGUGGAUCAGUCCGUACCAAAAAGACAAUUUCUGUAGAACAUAAACUCCGUCAAGCACUAGGUGUUCCAUUAUCCUCUUCAACCCCAACCACGAAAGACGGUACUAUCGUCGUAUCUUCAAAUUCAGCACCUAUACUCUCUGAUGAAGAAGGAAGAACCAUAAACCAAUUGGAAAAACCUGAAAGAAGAACAACAGUGACAAUGGGAUCGACUAAAGAGAAUUUAAAUAUUAGGAAAAGAGCAAAGACUGUCGCUGCUCCUGAACGUAUGGAACCUACUUUAUCAGGUACAAGGGAAGGGGAUAGGGAAGGGGAAGAUUGGAUGGAAAAUGGAGAGAGAAGGGAUAGUAAGGAUGAUACGAAAAUUGGAAUGAUACCUCUUGUCAAGAGAUAA